AUGCCCAGACAGUCCUACAACCUACCUCGGUUGACCGCCUUUGCCAACAAAGUGUCAACUAUGACUACUGAAUUUGAGUGUCUAGCCAACAUCGCCUCGCCAUCAUCAAAUGCUAAUUCGGGCGGUGGGGAUGUGGUCUUUACCGAACUCUCGCCUCCCUCCAUCCCCUCGGACAGCACGAUUAACGGAGAACGCGACUGGAAUGACGGACUGUGGGACUGCUGCCACGAUAAAUCAAACUGUGCUUUGACCGCCUUCUUUCCGUGUUGUAUGACUUGCGAAGAGUACAAAAUCCACGGCGAGGGCUGCGUCACUCCACUCUGCCUCUGCAUGAGUCUGCUUCCACUCACUACCAAGUACCGCACAAAGCAUCACAUUCAGGGUUCCAUAUGGAAAGACUGUCUGCUUUCCACUUUCUGUUGGCAAUGCCAACUUUGUCGCCUUCAUCGCGAUUUUAUGGCUAGCAAAGGAGACGUCGACGGCGGUCCCGGAGAGGAGGCCUCAAAAGUGACCAACAAAGGACACCACCCCACGACUGUUGCUAAGGUCGCCACAAUUGUAGACUCGAGCAAUGCGGACUAA